UACAUAAUUUUCUUUACCGUUAUGGAGUUUAAUCAUAGCAGUUGAAUAAUUCAGUAUUAUUUUUUUCACUUUGCAGCUUCCCAUUCCAUCCGUUAUGUGUACACUGCGACCUCAGGAAUACCAGACUUUCCAGAGUUUGUCAAUCUGGGUAUUUUGGAUGGAAUGCAGAUCGACUACUAUGACAGCAACACCAAGAAAGUAGUGCCCAAACAGGACUGGAUGGCCAAGGCAGUGGGGUCUGACUACUGGGAUAGAGAGACUCAGAACUCCAUUGGUAGAGAGAAGAGUUUCAAAGCCAACAUUGAUACUGCCAAACAGCGCUUCAAUCAGACUGGGGGUGUACAUGUUGCCCAGAUGAUGUUUGGCUGUGAGUGGGAUGAUGAGACUGGAGUCACAAGGGGCUUUAAUCAGCAAGGAUUUGAUGGAGAAGACUUCAUCUCAUUUGACCUGAAGACAUUGACAUGGAUCGCUCCAAAACCACAGGCAGUCAUCACCAAGAACAAGUGGGACAAUAACAAAGCUGGCAAUGAGUAUUGGAAAAACUACCUCACCCAGGAGUGUAUUGAUUGGGUUAAGAAGUAUGUGGACUAUGAGAAGAGCAGCCUGAUGAGGACAGUCCCUCCAUCAGUGUCUCUGCUCCAGAAGACCCCCUCCUCUCCAGUGACCUGCCACGCUACAGGUUUCUACCCCAGGAGAGUGCAUGUGACCUGGAAGAAAGAUGGACAAGAUCACCAUGAAGAUGUGGAGAUGGGAGAGACUCUCCAGAAUGAUGAUGGAACGUUCCAGACGAGUGUCCAUCUGAAUGUGAAGCCUGAGGAGUGGAAGAACAACAAGUAUCAGUGUGUGGUUCAGGUAUCUGGUAUCAAGGAGGACUUCAUCAAGGAUCUGACUGAGGAUGAGCUUCUGUCCAACUGGGGAAAGACCAACAGGGGUGUAAAUGACCAGACCUCCAUUGGCCCCAUCAUUGGAGUGGUGGUAGCUGGCCUCCUGGUCAUUGUUGCCGCUGUUAUUAUUGGAGUCGUCAUCUGGAAGAAGAACAGGAAAGGCUUCGUUCCAGCUAACACUUCUGAUGGUGGUUCCUCCACCAACUCUGCUCCAGAAGCAUGAGGUCUCUCUCUGUUGCCAGUAUCAAACAGAGAAUCACAGACAAGAGAUGAAAGACUACAGUGAAAUCUGAAGUGAUGUUCAUCUAGACAAAAUAACAUCUGAAACUGGAUUACGAAACAAAAGUAACAUAGAGCACUUAUUACUUGAAAAAUGAAACAAAAGGGCUGGCAAGGCAGCAACAUGGAACUCACCACAUGCAGAACACAAGAAGACAUGGAA